ACUGAUUUCUCAAAUUCCAUCUCACAAUAAUUUGCAGUGUACGGACACACUCUCCUUCCAUUUUAAAUUCUCUCUCUAACAGCAGUUGAAAGGAGGUUACCAUAUAUUUGGGUUUUCUAUAUAAAUCACACUUCCUACUUCAUUCAUUAUCUCUGAAUCCGAAUCCAAAUCCAAACAACAAUGGGCGCCGUUUCUAUUUUGCAUACAGUUUUUGGCAUUUUCGGAGAUGCAACUGGUCUGUUCCUCUUCCUCGCACCAACGAUUACGUUUAAGAGGAUACUCAAGAACAAAUCAACCGAACAGUUCUCAGGGAUUCCCUACCCCAUGACCUUGCUCAACUGCCUACUCUCUGCCUGGUAUGGACUACCAUUCAUUUCGAAAAACAACACACUGGUGACAGUUAUCAACGGAACAGGAGCAGUGAUCGAGUCUAUCUAUGUGUUGAUUUUCAUACUACACGCACCGAAGAAGGAGAAGGCGAAGAUCCUUGGGUUGGUCACCUUCGUUCUCGCCGCCUUCUCUUCCGUCGCCUUAGUUUCCGUUUUUGCACUCCACGGCAAGACUCGCCGGUAUUUCUGCGGUUUCGCCGCCGCCAUUUUCUCCGUCAUCAUGUACGGCUCGCCCCUCUCCAUCAUGAUGACAGUGAUCAGGACGAAGAGUGUGGAGUACAUGCCUUUUUUCCUGUCAUUGUUUGUUUUCUUGUGUGGUACAUCUUGGUUUGUAUUUGGACUACUCGGAAACGACCCUUUUGUCUAUGUAUGCAACGGAUUCGGAAGCGUAUUAGGUGCACUUCAAUUGAUUUUGUACGCCAUUUAUAGAAAGAACAAGGGAGGACAGAAGGACGAUAAACCAGCGGCCAAUGAAGGCGGCAGCUCCGCCAUGGAAAUGGGGUUCGUCAAUGGGAAAGAAAAGACCACCGCCGAACAACCACAGCAGGAUAACAAUGGAGUGUAAAGGACUCGCCCUGUCGUCGAAUCGUACGGAUUCUGGAUUCAUAUGUUUCUUGUUUUCUUUUUUGUUAGGACGAAGUUUGUUUUUACUUUUUAAAAAUUAAAAUGAUACAUGUUCAUGCGGUUUGGCGGUGAAUCUUGCUUUAUUAAAUGGUUUAUAAUUUUUCAAA